AUGACGAUACAAGAAGCAACGGCCGAGAUCGCCAUCAUAGGCGCUGGCCCUUGCGGCCUCACCUUUGCCCGCCUUCUCGAGCAGCAUGGCAUGACCGACUACGCCGUCUACGAGCGCGAUGCGGGCCGCACCGCCAACAGGGCUGGUGGCAGCCUCGACCUGCGCCCAGGCUCAGGCCAGCGAGCACUCGAAGAGGCUGGCCUUAUCGACGAGUUUAAGCGCCUGGCCCGCUACGAGGACACAGUUUUCACCAUCUACGACACCAAGGGCAAGGAGCAUCUGCGCCUCGGCGAAGGUCGAGACGCGCCCGAGAUUGACCGCCUGCAGCUGCAGGAGAUCUUGCUCGAUUCGGUGCCAGAGGACAAGGUCCGCUGGGGCCACGCGCUGGUAGAUGCGCAGCUGGGUAGCGAUGGCCGGCCAGUGCUCACUUUUGGCAAUGGCGUCAAGGUCUCUGGGUUCAAGCUGGUCGUUGGCACGGACGGGGCGUGGAGCAAAGUUCGACCGCUGAUCACCCCUUCAAAACCAGUAUACACGGGCAGAACUUAUUUCGAGACCCGGAUCCAGCCCACUAAUCCCCUGUACGAGUCUGCCAUAUCCCUGCUGGGACGCGGAUCCACAAGCGCCGUCGGCGACAACCAUAUCCUGCUCUCGCAGAAACAAGGGGAUGCGUCGUACAGGUUAUAUCUCGGCUUCCAGAUGCCCGAGCACAUUCUCCGGCAAGGUGGACAAUACGACCUGUCUGACGCCGACAAAGUUGAGGCUGCGCGAAGCAUGCUCCUCGACGACAAGCACUACGGCACCUGGGCGGAGAGCUACAAGCAGCUGAUCCGCCACGCCACGGAUUUCCGCGGGUGGUCGCUGUACUCGCUGCCCGCGGCCGGGCUGUCUGAGGGCGGAGAGCAGGGGUGGAAGGCGGUUUCUGGUGUCACGCUUGCGGGUGACGCCGCGCACCUGACGCCGCCGAAUGGCGAAGGCGUGAAUCUGGCCAUGACGGAUGCGCUGGAUCUGGCGGGCCGGAUCAGUCGCUGGACAGGACUGAGCGAGGGGGAGAGGACGCAGGACGCUCUCGAUGCUGUGGUGCGCGAGUAUGAGGCAAUCAUGCUGCCGCGCGGGUUGAAGUCGAUAAGCAAGGGACACAUGAUGACGGACAUCAUGUUUGCAGAGAGUCACGAGCCGUUUGUUAAGCUGCUCAAGUCCUUCAUCCAGAUGGAGGGGAAGAAGGAGACUGAUGGUGGUAGUUAG